AUGGCCACCUCGACGCUCCGCGCCACCUGGCGCCCGCUCAGUCUGCCCGCCGCCUCGGCGCACGCGCUGCAGCGCUCGUCGCAGAACGUCUCGAUGAUCUCGACCUCGACCUUUUACGUCUUUGGCGGCGAGCUCAAGCCCCGCACGCCCAUCUCGGCCGACGUGCUGCGCGUCGCCUUCGAUCGCGACCUGGCCAAGCCGGCCGACGUCUUGACCCACGCUGCCCCCUCGUCCCCCGGCCAGGGCGACGCGGCCCAGUGGCCCGUGGCGAGGGUGGGCGCCCACCUGCUCCGCCACCCGGACCUCACAAAGACCUGCCUGCUCCUGUGGGGAGGCAGGGGCGGCAAGGAGAUGGCGCCGCUGCCCUACUCGGACUACGAAGACGUGUGGGUUUUCGACCGCGACACGGCCAGCUGGUUCACCCUCGAGACGUCCGGCGACAAGCCGCCGAUGCGCAGCUACGGCACCGCCGUCGGCAUCCACGAGGCAAAGGACCGGGACAAGGUCUACGUCCACGCCGGCUGCCCCGUCCAGGGUCGCCUGGCCAGCCUGCACGUGCUCGACGUGGCGACGAGGAAGUGGACCAAGCUGCCCGACGCGCCCGGGCCCGCGAGGGGCGGUACGGCCAUCACGACCAUCGCCGCGCCCGGUGAACCAGCAAGGAAGCUGCUGGCCAGGUGGGGCGGCUUCUGCGGCCACGAGGUUGGCGGCCCGCUCGACGUCUUUGACCCCAAGAGCAACGCGUGGAGCAGCCACGACGCCAAGGUCGAGGGCGAGGGCGUCGAGCCGUCCAAGAGGAGCGUGCACGGCUUCGUCGAGCUGUUUGGCGAUCGCAAGGUGGCGACGGGCGGCGGCGAGGAGAAGCAGGCGCUGGCCGUCAUGUUUAUGGGCGAGGGCGAGGGCGCUCCCAAGGAGCUCGGACACGACGGCGCUGGCAAGUUCCUGUCGGACGCCUACCUGCUGCUGCGGUCCAAGUCGGGAGCGUACAGCUUCCAGCGGCUUUCGGUCGAGGGCAAGGUGCCCGAAGCGCGCGGCUGGUUUGGCUACGACGCGCUGCCCCUCUCUGCGGGUGCGAGCGGUCACGGGCAGGAUGGCACGCGGAUCGUUGUCCAGGGUGGGCUCAACGAGCACAACGAGCGCCUGGGCGAUGGCUGGGUGCUCGACAUUGUCUAG